AUGAACAGGGAUAGAUACAAUCGCUCGGAUUUCCGGAUCGAGUACAAACAAGCCAAGUUCUUUAUGAUUAAAUCAUUUAGUGAAGAUGACAUCCAUAAAAGCAUCAAGUAUAAUGUUUGGUCAAGCACUCCACGGGGGAACAAAAAGCUGGAUGCCGCCUUCUGUGAGGUGGAGGCGAGACUGGACAAGGGCACCAAGUGCCCAAUCUUCCUCUUAUUUUCUGUAAGUGUUUUAUCAGAGGAAGCUGCCUGUAGAUUGAUUUCUGAUGCUGCCUGCCUGAUGAAAGUUUAUUUCCCUUUCAGGUGAAUGGUAGUGGACAGUUUCUUGGGUUGGCAGAGAUGUUUGGGCCAGUGGAUCUCAAAAAGACUAUGAAUUUUUGGCAACAAGACAGGUGGCAUGGGUUCUUCCCCGUGAAGUGGCACAUCAUAAAGGACAUCCCGAAUGUCCUCUUCAGUAAUAUACUCCUCGAGAACAAUGAUAACAAGCGUGUGACCGCUAGCCGGGACACUCAAGAGGUGGCCAACUUCCUCACACGUUUACGUUUGUCUUGA